CUGUCCCAGGCUGUCUCAGUCUGUCCCGGGCUGUCCCAGUCCGUCCCGGGCUGUCCCGGGCUGUCCCCGCGGCCGCGGCCCCGCGCAGGCGCCGGCGGGCGCCGCCCCUUCCCGGUAGUUGGCGGCGGGGAGCGGCGAUGCUGCUGGUGCUGUCGGCGGAGCACCGCGCUCACCUGGGCUGUCUGCCGCGGGCCGGCGGCGCAGCCGUCGGCGAGCUGGGGCGCCUGGCGCUGGAGCAGCUGCGGCGGGGAGCGGCACCGCGGGCCUGCGAGUCCGCCGCCAGAAAGCUGAACAUUGGCGUUGACAUCAUUCAGCACGGGGUAGAAGGACUAAUGUAUCUUCUUACUGAGAGUUCCAAGCUUAUGAUUUCUGAGGUUGACUUCCAAGAUUCCAUUCAUGUUUUGGGAUUCUCAGAUGAAUUGAACAAAUCCUUGCUCCAGCUGUACCUUGACAACAGGAAAGAGAUCAGGAGCAUUCUUGGAGAGCUGGCACCAAGGCUUCCAAGCUACCACAGUCUGGAGUGGAGACUGGAUGUGCAGCUUGCAAGCAGAAGUUUGAGACAACAGAUCAAGCCUGCUGUGACUAUGAAGCUACAUCUUAAUCAAAAUGAAGAUCAAACUGCCCAGGUGUUGCAAACUGACCCUGCUACCCUGCUCCACCUUAUCCAGCAGCUGGAGCAGGCGCUGGGGGAGAUGAAGAUGAACCACUGCAGAAGAAUAGUGCGCAACAUGAAAUAGCCUUGGUUCCCCUCUGCUCUCUUACUAAGCAGUUUGUAAAACAACUCAAAACACUGCUCACAAAUACAUUUGGAGGAAAAAUAAACAUCUGGAUCAGAUGAACUGUGUUCCUGUGCCAGGAUCUUGAGCCAGUAUAUACUGGCCAAAUAUCCCUGGCUGCCAGCUUUGCACAUACAUGCGGUGACCUUUUCCACACAAUCUUCUUCAUAUAUAGUACAUGGUAAUUAAAUGUGAUCAAAUAUUACUA